GGCAAGGCCGGAGGGAAGGAGGCCCCGUGCCCCUCUGUGCCCAGCACAGCUCUCUCUCCCCCACUCCACCGCUCCUGCUCCCUCUGCGGACAGGGCCCGGGGAGGGGAAUUCCAAUCGAUCCGAUGAGAUGAGUUGGGCCAAUCCCCAAGUAAAUCGAGAUCCCAAGCGAAACCAGGACGGGGCCGUCCGAGAUGGCCAGAUCCAGUCAUCCAGAUGGCCGCCAUCCUGCCGGAACGGGGACAGCUAAGGAUCAUUUCCCAGGAAAGAGCAGGAUCAUUUCAAAGGCGCUGCAGGGUCCGGGCAAGAUGUUGAAGAUGCUGACGCUCCUCCUUCCAGACUCCCCUGAAGCAGGCAAGGCAUCUCCAGGGGACAACGAGUCCCUACCGAGCGGGAGCCCCCCCGGAAGAUCGGCCUCCGUCUCAGACCCUGAAUCGGGCACCGGGUCCUUGGCUUCCUCGGAGGAACAAACGCCGUCCAAGGAGCAGGGGACGACGGCGAACAAGAAGAAAAAGAAAAAAUUUGGCAAAAAGCUACUCAAAGCCAUUUCCAAAGGAAGGAAACCAAGGGAGAAGCCCAUCCAAGUGGAGCAGGAAAAUGACAGACAGAUCAUGACAGCGGAGGAGAUCAGAGAGGACAUCCAGAACAAGAGGCUGGAGGUGGCCGGGCACCUGCUCGCCCUGGAACGGGAGCUGAACCGGCCGGUGGACGGCAGGAGCGAGGAGGAGCUCAUCCGAGACCUGAGCAAGGUGGAGGCCCUGUACGAGCUGCUGAAAGGCCAGGUGUUGGCCGUGGCGGGCGACGCGCUGGCCGUGGCCAAGACGGACCCCCGGCGCCUGCAGCAGGCGGCCGAGGUGAUCGCCCAGCAAGAGGAGGAGGACCGGAGGUACGCCGCCGAAGGGGCCUCUUCGCCCGCCGGGAAGCUGGCCAAGACCCGGCCCCGCGGGUGGCAGCAGCUCUGGAGGGAGGCGGUGAAGAAGUCGGUGGAAGAGCGCAUGGUGCGACCGGCCACUGCGCCCGGGAGGGAAGGCCUCUCGGAGGCGGCCCAGAGCUUCCUCCACAUGGGCUUGACCAUGAAGGAUGACCUCCUGGCCGUGGCCGGGCAGGUGAGGCAGUACUUCCCGGAAGAAUUCGACGUGUUCCACACCUACGCCGCCUGCUACCACAAUUACUUCUCGGCCCAGAUGACCCUCAUGGCCCAGUUUGAGCUGGGGGACAACGACACCUACCUGCUCCUCUCCUGGGUGCAGAGCCUUUACCCCAAGGAAAUCCUCAACCACCCAGGCUUGGCAGGGGAACUGAAGGGGGCCGGGUUCGACAGCCUCUUGCCCCCAAGACAGAUCCGCCAGCUGGAAGCCACUUUCUUGUCCAAUGAGAAGGCAAAUGUCCACUUGCUGAUGGCCAAAGGGCUGGAGGUGGAGGUGAAGCACUGGUCAGAGGACAAAGCACCACAGAAGCUGGAUGGGCAUUACCACAGUGAAUUACCCAUUGACAUCAUCCAGAUCAUGUCCAGCAGACAGAAGAAGGCCGAGGACCUCAACGCAGAUCUGGGCAAACAGAUGAAGCACAUGCUGCUGAUUGAGCUCCCAGGGUUCCUGAGAAGCUACCAGACAGCAUUUGAAGACUUUAAAGAGAAGUGCAAGCAGCAGAAGCACUACAAGGCCACCGUGAUUGCCAACAUUAACAACUGCCUGGCUUUCAGGGACUACAUUAAGAGAAUCACCUCAUCACUCGAGAAAACCCCACCGGCUUACAUUUUCACCCCACUGGAUGAUGUCGAAAACAGUGGGUUUGAAGUCUUGCUUCAGGAUCUGUUUCUGGAGUUAAAGCCACUGUUCAAGAGGUUCAAGCAGAACAAAUGGACAGCAAACGAAGGAACCCUGGAAGACAUCCUUAGAACCGCAGGGGAGCAUAUCCCGGAGUUCACGACUCUUCUCUCCCAUUACCGCCAGACCAUCAUGGAGAGGCUCCACCUGCACCUGGUAAAGGAGUACAUCAUGAGGCUCUGCAAGAAGCGGUUUGUGCUGAAAUCCCCAGACCAGCAGCAGCAGCUGGCCAAGCAGAUCACGAGCAACUCGCAGGCCCUUCAGGAUUUCUGCAUGGAGAACGGAUCUUUGGGCAGCUGGCUGGAGCCAGUCCUCCGCAGUUUGGCCGAGAUCAUCCGACUCCAGGACCUGAGUGCUAUCCAGAUGGAAGUGGCGACGUUUGUGCAGAGAUAUCCAGAUUUCAGCAAAGCGCACCUGGGAGCCAUCCUGUCCAUCAAGGGGAACCUGUCAAGCAGUGACGUGAAAAGCAUCAAGAGCAUCCUGGAAGUCAGCCCCAAACCUACAGAUCCUUCCAAGGCCUUAUUUUCCUUUAUUAAGGUCGGUUAGCUUUCUCCGCCCACCCUUAGCUCUCCUGCUGGAGUCGGUCACCGGGUGAACUUGUAGUAAACACUUGCAGCAAGGGGCCCUGGUCCUGCCCAUCCUUUAGCCCAGUUUGAUCCUCGAAUCCUCAGCUGAAGAACACCGGGGGAACUCUUCAGCCAGCUCAAACGUGUACGACUCCAAGAGGGGUCAGGGCCAGGACAAGAGAUUGCCCAACUUGAAGGGAAAUCAGCUUCAGCCACUUCUAAGUGGUCGUGUCCGAUUUUGAGGACUAUCUGCCUCCUUUCACUGUUCCUUCCUACUCUCACCGGCUGGAAACCUGCCUGGCCUCAGUUCCCUGCCCACUCUGCAGCCCUCUCCAUCCGUUCUGGAGGAGGACUCCAGGUACUGCUGACUCAAGACCACCUCUCCCAUCACCCUGACAUGACCUGACAUUACCUAAUCUGUUGGGCAUCAUCCACUGUUUGAAUUGUCAGCAUCACUUCUCCUUUGGAAGGGAGAGUCGAGAGUUCAUUUGCAAGUAUUCUUCAAAGGUUGCAUUCCCUUCUGGGCAGUGAGGUUGACCAGAUCCUUGGGAUUUCAUAGCACGAUUCCUCAGAUUGCACUCUCCUUCAUCUGGGGAGGGAAGACCUGGGAACCCAAGCUCUUCCGAUUCCAAUCCCUUUCUCCCUCUUAUCCCUCCAUGGUCGCUCUCAUAUAAAUGGCCCCCCACACCAAUCCUCCUCUUCUUUCCAGGCCUCCUUUCCCUCUCCCAUAGGAUGGUCCAGGGCUCACAUAGGUUCAGAUUAAUCAGAAGUCCAACUUUGUGCCUGACUUCCCUGGGGCCAGCCCACAGCAGUGUGGCCUCGGCAUCCAGGAUCUGGAGUCUAGGAGCACUGGAUCUUGGCCCAUAAAUCCCAAGGUGACUUUGGGGCACCCCAGGGAUGGGAAGAAGAUGAUCUUUGACCUUCCUCUUCCCUCUCUGGAGUCCUGGGAGAUGUUUUGGAGGUGCCCUCAAGCUCUGAGGAUUAAGAAUCUGGCCGAAGCA